AUGCCGUGGGAGCCCUCCAGCGGCACUCCCAAGGCCAUCGGAAAGCCGCAGUAUGCCCGGAACACGGCCUGGCCCGGUCACGUGCCCAGGGAGGCCUGGCCUGGCCUGGCCUUGCGUAAGCGGGCGGCGGUGCGGAGCCUGGCAGCUGCGGAAACCGCCCCGUUCUCUCCCACGUGUUCGGGCCCUGUCCCCACAGCCGCCGGCGACGAGAGCGACGUGAUCAACACCGUCACGGUGGAGAGGAGCGCGGACGGGAGGCUGGGGUUCAGCGUGCGCGGUGGCUCGGAGCACGGGCUGGGCAUCUUCGUCAGCAAAGUGGAGGAGGGCAGCAGCGCCGACCUGGCCGGCCUGUGCAUCGGAGACAAAAUCACGGAGGUGAACAGCGUGAGCUUGGAGAGCAUCACCAUGGGGAGUGCCGUCAAGGUCUUGACUGGGAACAACCGGCUGCGGAUGAUGGUGAGGCGCAUGGGAAAGGUGCCAGGGAUUAAAUUCUCCCGAGAAAAGACCACGUGGGUGGAUGUCGCGAACAGGCGCCUGAUCGUGGAGAAGAGCGGGUCGACCCCGUCGGACAGCAGCUCCGAGGGCGGCGUGAGACGCAUGGUCCACCUCUACACCACCUCCGACGACUACUGUCUGGGCUUCAACAUCCGCGGGGGGAAGGAGUUCGGCCUUGGCAUCUACGUCUCCAGGGUCGAUCCUGGCGGGCUGGCGGAGCAGAACGGGAUCAGAGUGGGAGAUCAAGUCCUUGCAGCCAACGGAGUCAAGUUCGACGCCAUCAGCCAUAGCAAGGCAGUGGAAGUGCUAAAGGGGCAGACACACAUCAUGCUGACCAUCCAGGAGACGGGCCACUUCCCUGCCUACAAGGAGAUGGUGGCCGAAUACUGCUGGCUCAGUCAGUUGACCAAUGGCCAACUGCAGCAGCUCUCGCAGGCCUCGGAGACCAGCUCCUCCAUCUCCUCCUACUCCUCGGGGACCCUGCUCAGCUCCCUGGACGGGCGGCCCCAGACCCCGCUCUCCAGCCCCGCCCCAGCCCACAUGGUGGACGUCUCCAUCUCCAUGGAGGACCCUCCGGCAUGCAGCCGCUCCCUGGAGCGAGUGGAGACAGCCAUGCAGACGGACCUGCCCCCUUCCGGUGACGGGACUGCGGGGACUGAGACCUGGCGCACCGUCCACCCGCCGGAGAUCCUGAAGGACACGGCCAUCCGGGCCAAGAGUUUCCGGGACCCGCUCCCCAGCAAGAAGCACAGACCCUUCUCCAACAAGGAGCUCUCGGACUCGCCCUGGAUGGCCCUGCUCCUGGCGCUGAGCCGCCCACAGCAGCCCCUCAAGAGAUCCCAGAGCUACCUCACCGUGGGCGAGAAGAGGCAGGAGCCGCCAGCGCCCGCCGGGGACAAGGCCGGACUGCGGCGCUCCAAGACCCUCGCCAACCUCUUCUUCCGAGGCAGCCGGGCGAGGCAGAGCUGGGCACCGGGCAGCGAGGGGGCUGGGCCGCCAGGGCGCAGGAGACGGGCCAGGUCCCCGGCCAGCCCGGAGGGGGGGAAAGACAAAGGCCGCCCCGUCAGCAUCCUGGGCUCCCCGGGGCGUGCCACCCGUGAGCCCAGCCCAGCCGCUGAGAGCCACCUCCUGCUUCUCCGGGACGUGGCCGGGAAGCUGCUGACGGAGGACGAGGUCACGGCCGUGCUGCGUCACUGCAGCCGGUAUGUCCAUGAAGGUGGGGUGGAGGACUUGGUGAGGCCACUCCUGGCCAUCCUGGACCGGCCUGAGAAACUCCUGCUUCUGAGGGAUGUCAGGAGCCUGGUCACCUCCACCGACAUGGGCCGCUUCGACAGUAUGGUCGUGCGGCUGGAGCUGGAGGCAUAUGACGCCCUGAAGAGCAGAGCAGGGAAAUCGCCCACGCUCCACCCGGCGCAGCAGGAAAUGCCUCCCAGGAGACACCUCAUCAUACCCGUGCCUGACCGCCGGGGAGGUUUCCUGCUGCAGCCGCUCCAGGCCCCGGAGCCGGGGGGCGCCAAGGAGGAGAGGGUGGCGCCGAGGGCAGGGCCGGAGUGGCUGAAGGGCUCCUCCCGACGGACUCGCCCGCGCGGCUACACGCCCCUGCCUGACGUGCCCGUGGACGCCUGCGUGGCCCUCCCCAUUCCCCCUGCAACUCCAGCUGCUGGUGGGCCCAGCUGGCUGCUGGCGGAGCCUGCCCAGAGCCCGGGGCUCAUGCCAUGUCCUGACCCCUCCACAGAGGGAUUGGCACAGCCGCCAGGGCAGGGCAGCGAGCGGCCACGCACCCCCAGCUCCCCCGAUGGGCAGGGCAAGGCCGAGCCAGGGGGGGACUCGCUCUAUGUGGGGCUCAGCAAGCCUCAGCGGGCCCGGCCACGGCUCUGCCAGGUCUUCACGGGCAUCUCGGCGCCCAGCCAAGGGACCCAGGGAGAAGAGGGGCUGGCCCACAACGGCCCGGCCGAGGAGGAGUACGAGCUGAUGACCGUCCACCUCUCCAAGCUCAGGCAGUCCUUGGGGAUCAGCGUCUCGGGCGGGAUCGAGUCCAAGGUGCAGCCGAUGGUGAAGAUCGAGAAGAUCUUUCCUGGAGGGGCGGCGUUCCUGAGCGGGGCCCUGAAGGCUGGGGACGAGCUGGUGGCGGUGGACGGGGCAAGCCUGCAGAACGUCACCCACCAGCGGGCGGUGGACCUCAUCCGCCAGGCCUACAGGACCAACCGGCAGGCACCCAUGGAGCUGGUGGUGAAGGUGUCCAAGGCGUGACGCAGCCCAGCCAGGGACGGUGCCAGGCUGGCAGCGACGGGCUGAGCGGACAGCCAGACGGACGUCUUCCAGGCCCACGGGAGGACAGGCAGAGCCCACGGCUAUGGGCAUCCAGCCCCACGAGCCCGACUGCAGCCUGGCAGGGGUGGGAGAAGAGGCCCCCCGCUCAGUGCGCUGCCAGAGAGCACCAGGUGGCCUCAGCCAGGCCUGGCCCCGGGGAGGGGGCGGCUCCGGCAGCAGGGCCUGGCGCACCCCUGACAUGCAGACACCCCCACUGGUCUUGGGUGCAUGGGCGAGACUCAGCCCCAGGGGCAGGAGGGCGCAGCGGGGGGCUACCAUGCCAUGGGGCUGCAAUGGCCACGCUGCCCCCGUGCCGCCUCCUGCAGGGGACAGGUCAUCGUGUUUUACCGGCCACUGCGGCCCAGGGUGGCUCCCAGCCACAGCCUCCGAGCUGGAGGCCGCGGGAGAGGCUAAAAGCCCUCCUACUGCUACCGCUCCCCUGCCUGGGGGAGGGAAGGGGAGCAUUGCUUCCAGCACGCUGCUUGUGUAAGGACCCCCAUACAGCCUAGCCCCCCACACACACCCCCGGGAGCGCUCCAUGAGCUGGCUCCCACUGUAGGUUGUUAACGGGGGGGGGGGCACCCCCUGCACUUUACAGGUACCCGGGUUCGGC